AUGCCAGACAUCUUUGUCGACGCGUCUACUGAUAACGAUGUUGGAUCGUGGAACGUAGAUAACAAUAGUACAGAGCAUGUCGAACAAAAUUCAAAUGAGAACGGCUUGGAUGAUACCAACAAUGCUGAAGAUGAUGGUGAAUACGACCUUGAUGAUUCAACAUUGGACGCUGUUGAAAAAGAAUGGGAGGAAAGCGAGCAACAUAUUCAAAAUACACAGAGAAAUAAUGUCGAUGAAGAUGAUUCUGUGUUUUCCGAUGAUGUUCAACGUGCGUUUGAAAGUUAUGAAAAUGAAAAUCUUCGACAAUGGCAACAGACUGACUCGAUUUGGGUUGAUUUCACGGCCGAAGAGCAAGAUAUCAUGUUUGACGAAAUGCAUGAAUGUAUGAUGUACAUGCAACAAGAAUAUUCUACAGCGGAAAUGCCGACUGACUUAGUGGAGCGUUCACAGACAACUAACUUGAAUCCCGAUGCAGCUGAAUUUUGUCCAUCAUGGCUAUCGGCGGCACCGAAACCUACCACUGAUAACGAACUUAUGGUCGUCCAUUCCUGGGUACCGUGUGUAGCACAAAAACUCGAUGAAAAGGAACAAAACAACUCUUAG